AUGGCGGGUCUCACAAAGGCUGAUCAAUAUGCGAGCCAACAUGCAUCUGCGGCUUUCUCGAACUGGUUAGCCCUACAGAGCAGGCUCCAGUCGCAACAGUCUGUGAUCGUCAAUGGUCGAGAUUUGAGCAUCGCGGACGUCCUGGCCGUUUCUUUACACAAGGGCAUUGCCCAACUAUCUGACGACCCUGACGACUUGCGCCUUGUCGAGGAGAGUGUCGCCUUUCUGAAACGCGAGCUUGAGGCUGGCAAGAUCAUCUACGGCGUGAACACCGGAUUUGGAGGUAGCGCUGAUACCAGAACCGACAACCUUCGUGAACUUCAGAGUGCCGCUGUGCAACAUUUGAACGUUGGCAUCCUGCUCCAGGCCGACAAGUCCAACUCGAAUUCAGAUGCAAGCGAGAACGGACUGCUCCGCAGCCAUGCAUUGCCCACCCCGAUUGUCAAAGCGGCCAUGCUGGUCCGCUGCAACUCGCUUAUGCGCGGCCACUCAGGCGUCCGUGUUAGCGUUAUUGAGUCCGUCAUGAAGCUGUUGGCUCUUGAUAUGACCCCAGUUGUGCCUCUGCGGGGAAGUAUCUCGGCGUCGGGCGACUUGUCGACCUUGUCGUACAUUGCUGGCGCGGUGGAGGGUAACCCGGACAUUUUCGUCAGAGCGAAUAGCAAGGAUAACACAACCAAGAUUCUCCCCGCAGCGGAGGCACUCAAGCUCGCUGGGAUUGAACCCGUGCGCCUCCAAGCUAAGGAGGGUCUGGGUGUCACCAACGGCACGGCUCCCAGCUGCGCGGCUGCGUGUUUCGCCAUCAACCAAGCCAACCAGCUCGCGCUGCUGGUCCAGCUCCUUACCGCCAUGACGGCUGAGGCUCUUGACGGGACGGCCAACAACUACCAUCCCUUCAUUUCCGCAGUCCGCCCGCACCCUGGUCAGGCCGAAGUUGCCUCCAACAUUCUUAAAUUCCUCUUCGGUUCUAAGAUCUGCCCGCCAUCCUGCUUGACCACGUCUCUUAGCCGCAUCGGUCUCGCCCAAGAUCGUUACGCGCUGCGCACCGCCCCGCAAUGCAUCGGCCCGCAGCUUGAGGACCUGCUGCUCGCCACACGCCAGGUCACCAUCGAGCUCAAUUCCACCACGGACAACCCGAUGAUCGAAACCACCUUGUCCUCGCAUCUCCAAGAUGGCUUGGCCGCCGACCGCAUCCAUCAUGGUGGUAAUUUCCAAGCCUUUGCGUUGACGUCCGCCAUGGAGAAGACCCUACUUGCCUUGCAAAACCUUGGCCGGCUCCUGUACGCCCAGUCCUCAGAGCUCAUCAACAAUGCUACCAACAAGGGCCUGCCGCCCAACCUGUCGUUUGAUGACCCGAGCCGCAGUUUCACCUGCAAGGGCUUCGACGUCAACAUGGCCGCCUAUGCCGCCGAGCUGGGAUACCUCGCGAAGCCCGUCAGUACCCAUGUGCAGGUCUCCGAGAUGGCGAACCAGAGUGUGAACAGCAUGGCGUUGGUCGCAGCCAGGUACGCCUUGGAGGCGGGCGAGAUAGUCUCGCUGAUGGCCGGCACAUAUGUGUAUGUCUUGUGCCAAGCGCUGGACUUGAGGUGCCUGAGGUUGGAAUUUGGUGGACGCGUCAAAGGAAUCGUGAAGACCGUAGUGGAAGAUUGUUUCUGCGAGCAAGAUGGGGAGGGUGGCCGUCACACCGAGCGGGCGGCGAUCCUGGCUGAAAAGUUCACCGAGGCGAUUUUAGGCCGCUGGGAUGAACUGUCGCACCUCGACCUUGCUGACCGAGCCCGGACCGCAGUCAACGAGUCACUCGGCUCCGUUCUCAACUUCCUUCGUCUUGGGGAGGACACUCCCAACAAGAACGAAGCCCAGGGCAAUGGCACUCCCAAGCCGGUUUCUUUUACAGCGGUCCUCACCUACCAGACCCGCAUGGCCGAGGAGCUGGAAACUUGCUACGCCACCCUGCGCACCGAGUUCGUCCACCAUCAAACCACCACUGAUUACAUCAGUCCUGCGUCGAGGGUUAUCUAUGAUUUUGUGCGGAAGGAGCUCAACAUCCCGCUGAACCGAGGCGUCGAGGAUCAUCCCCCGCUGUUGUUGCAGAAGGCGGAGAAGGAGAGGAAGAAGGCCGGCUCAAAUGGAGCCGACCAUAACGCGGCCUCGGAGAAGGUCUCUAACGGAGCUGAGGGUAACGCGGAAGAGGAACUCAAGCUGCGUGGCCGAACGCUCGGGACUAUGGCCAGUGAGAUCUACGAGGCGCUGCGGAAUGGGAUCCUCCAUGAUCGUAUCAUGGCCUUCGGUGAGAAGGCUGGAUAUUGGAGCCAUUGA